UUGUAUAUUUCUCUCUCUCUCUCUCUCCAGACUCUCCCCGGUAUGGAAGGUGGAGUACCUGAGGCUGAUAUCUCUGCUUUCAGAGAAUGUUUGUCCCUUUCGUGGAAGAAUCCUUAUGUCCUUCGCCUCGCUUUUUCUGCUGGAAUUGGUGGCCUUCUCUUUGGCUACGACACUGGGGUGAUAUCUGGGGCUCUUUUGUAUAUCAGAGAUGAUUUCAAAGAAGUGGAUAGAAAGACAUGGCUUCAGGAAGCCAUAGUGAGUAUGGCACUUGCUGGAGCAAUCAUAGGGGCUGCAAUUGGUGGAUGGAUGAAUGAUCGUUUUGGAAGGAGAAUAUCAAUAAUCACAGCAGAUACCCUCUUUUUUAUAGGGGCUGCUAUAAUGGCUGCUGCAACAAGUCCUGCUAUUCUCAUUGUAGGUCGAGUUUUUGUUGGCCUCGGUGUUGGAAUGGCUUCAAUGGCAUCUCCACUGUACAUUUCUGAGGCUUCCCCGACUAGAGUUCGAGGAGCCCUUGUAAGUCUCAAUAGUUUCCUCAUCACUGGAGGACAAUUUCUUUCCUACCUCAUCAACUUGGCCUUCACUAAGGCACCUGGUACAUGGAGGUGGAUGCUUGGGGUAGCUGCAGCACCUGCUAUAAUACAAGUGGUGCUAAUGUUUUCGCUCCCCGAAUCACCCCGUUGGUUGUUCCGAAAGGGCAGGGAGGAGGAAGGAAAAGCAAUAUUAAGAAAGAUUUACUCAGCUGAUGAGGUUGAAGCUGAAAUUGAUGCUUUGAAGGAGUCGGUUGCUAUGGAAAUGAAGGAUGCAGAAUCUUCGGAAAAGAUCAGCAUUAUCAAACUGCUGAAAACUACAUCUGUGAGGAGAGGUUUGUAUGCAGGUGUUGGGCUUCAAAUCUUCCAACAGUUUGUGGGUAUAAAUACUGUGAUGUACUACAGCCCCGCUAUUGUUCAGUUAGCUGGUUUUGCUUCCAACAGGACAGCACUUCUUCUGUCUCUAAUCACUGCUGGGCUGAAUGCAUUUGGUUCAAUCUUGAGCAUAUACUUCAUUGACAAGACUGGGAGAAAGAAGCUUGCUUUAAUCAGUUUGUGUGGUGUUGUUUUAUCCCUUGCCCUUUUAACUGCCACUUUUCGCGAGACAGAAACUCAUUCUCCAAUGAUUAGUCAAGCAGAAACCUUAUCUUUCAAUAACACCUGCCCCAGUUUCAGCACAGCUGUGAAUCCUCAAGCAUGGGAUUGCAUGAAGUGCCUAAAGUCUUCACCUCAAUGUGGUUUUUGUGCAUCUGAAUCUAACAAGCUGUUACCUGGGGCAUGUUUGAUAUCUAGUGACACAACUAAGAAUCAGUGCGGAAACGGUCACAGGGCAUGGUACACAAGGGGUUGUCCUAGCAAAACAGGUUGGGUUGCACUAAUUGGGUUGGCACUGUAUAUCAUAUCCUUCUCACCUGGGAUGGGAACUGUUCCAUGGGUUGUCAACUCUGAGAUAUAUCCCUUAAGGUACAGAGGAGUGUGUGGAGGAAUUGCUUCUACAGCAGUUUGGGUUUCAAAUCUCAUUGUUUCACAGUCCUUUUUGUCCAUGACUGAAGCUAUUGGCACUGCAUGGACAUUCAUGGUAUUUGGAAUUGUUGCUGUCAUAGCAAUUUUCUUUGUCCUCAUUUUCGUACCAGAAACAAUGGGAGUUCCAAUGGAGGAAGUUGAGAAGAUGCUUGAAGAAAGAGCUGUGCAGUUCAAGUUUUGGGAGAAGGAGAAGAGAAACGACUAUCAGAAGACUUGAGUUCAGUGUUUUAGUCAAUUUAUGCUCUCUCUCUUCUUCUUUUUUUAAAGCUUGAAUAGUAAAUAACUGUGUGUAGAGAACUAUAUGAGUCUCUGUUGAUUGUUUUUUUGGUAAGGGAACUCCAUUAUAGUUUUUAUGUUCUAAUGUUUUG